CAGCAGUGUGUCUCUGCAGUAGUUGUGUUUACAGUCAUACAGUAAAAUGUGCAGCAGCAGUGCGCCAGACCAUCUGUGACCUGCCCUGCAUCAAUCAGCAUCACGUUAGACCUGUUUUUAAAAAAAAAAUAAAUAGCCGACUCUUUGGCAUUUCAGAGACAGCUGCUGGAAGAGAUCAGGAACGAUGCCACUCGACCAUUAGUCUGCUGUUCAUCCAGCUCUCACCACACCCCCCCUUCACUCCCCUCGACGUCACCGCAUCAAAUACGGACGGAUCCGGCUGGAAAUCCUCCACUUGCGCUCUGAGCGGCUGUCUGAGCGCAUCCUGUCUGAGCGCAUCCUGGCUGAGCGCAUCCUGUCUGAGCGCAUCCUGGCUGAGCGCAUCCUGACUGAGCGCAUCCUGGAGCAUCCUGGAGACACAUGAAGCAUCCUGGAGCGCCUCGCAGCGACGCACAUGAAACCGGACUGUACUGAACACUGACGAAGCUCAACUCGCUUUUUUUGUUUCCAUGCUUUUGUCUUUGUGUUUUCCUUCUCUUUGACCUACCCAUGUCUCACUCAGAGGAAAGUGGACAUUUUUUACUUUUCAUUUCCUCGGAGUCUGUCGCCAGCUUGAUUUGAAAUAAACAAAAGGUUUAAAAUGAACGAAGGACUUGAGAACAACUCGACUCAACUGUAUGACAACUGGACGUUUUACAACUCCUCUGUGGAGUUCGUCAUACCCAGGAACAACAUCACCUAUGUUGGAUUUUACCUGCAUCAGCCGUCCACAGCAGCCAUCUUCAUCGUGUCCUAUCUGCUCAUCUUCCUCGUGUGCAUGGUGGGAAAUGGAGUGGUUUGUUUCAUCGUGCUGCGGAGCAAAAACAUGCGGACUGUCACCAACUUGUUCAUCUUAAACCUUGCUGUGAGUGACCUCCUGGUGGGGAUAUUCUGCAUGCCCACAACACUUCUCGACAACAUAAUUACAGGAUGGCCUUUUGGAAGCCUGGUGUGCAAAAUGAGCGGCAUGGUUCAAGGGAUCUCCGUGUCAGCAUCCGUCUUCACUCUGGUUGCUAUUGCUGUUGACAGAUUCAGAUGCAUUGUCUACCCAUUCAAGCAAAAGCUGACCAUAUCCACAGCAACCUUGAUAAUAGUCAUUAUCUGGGUUCUGGCCAUAUCCAUUAUGUGUCCCUCUGGUGUGAUGCUACAAGUGACCAAGGAGCAAACCAUUCGGGUGUUACUGGGCUAUGACAACAAAACGAGCCCGUUUUAUUGGUGCAGAGAGAACUGGCCAAACCAGGAGAUGAGGAAGAUCUACACUACUGUCCUGUUUGCUAAUAUCUACCUUGCUCCUCUUUCCCUCAUCGUGAUCAUGUACGCCCGGAUUGGAAUUACGCUUUUCAAAACAGCGGUUCCAACGGGAGGAAAGCCGGGCCACGACAACCGCCACACUGUGUCAAAGAAGAAGCAAAGGGUGAUUAAAAUGCUUCUAAUAGUUGCUUUGCUUUUCAUCCUUUCCUGGCUACCUCUGUGGACUCUCAUGAUGCUGAGCGACUAUGCCAGCCUGACUGAGCAGCAGUACAGAAUCAUCAACAUUUACAUUUACCCCUUUGCCCACUGGCUAGCGUUCUUCAACAGCAGCGUCAACCCCAUCAUCUACGGUUUCUUCAAUGAGAAUUUCCGCAGAGGAUUUCAAGCUGUGUUCAAGUUCAGCCUGUGCACGGCGGACGGACAGCGGAGGAAAACCUACUCGCACAGGCUGCAGGGAAACUCUGUGCUCCCCGCUAACAAUGCACAGACGUCCCUAGAGCCUAUUUCUCUCAACAGCCUAGAUAAGACCACUUCCAGGCGACUCAACCAUGUCACUGAACAGGACUUGGUCAUGGAGGACCUGGAGAAGGCAUCUUGCAGCAGUGGGGGUGUGACUGCAGUGUCUAUUUGAGGAGACACAUAGAAAUAAUCUUCUAGGUGAUAAGCAAAGGUGUUCAAUAAAACUCAAAUGUAAUUCCUACACUAAACGCCAGUAAACUGCAGCUCAAGUCUCAGCUGAGUAGGUUUUUGAAGCUGGCGUUUAAUUCGUCCGAGGCAAUUUCAACACUGACUGAAAAAAAAUAGGCAAAGGAAAAAAAGGACAAAACUGUAUAAAAUGACAUGUGAAGCAGUCCUUUGACUGUGCUGCAGCAAACUACCUCACAGUGUUUGCUCCUGAAAUAAAUACAUGUCUGAAACAAACAUUUAAAUUACCAAUUUGUUAACCUUUCCUUAUCACCUUUAAGCCACACUGUAUGUUUGCACAUAUUGUGCCAUGGAAGCAGGUUGUGCUGUUGGAAUUAUUAACAAAGGGAAAACAAUCUCGAUGGACAGCGCAUCAUUUGUCGAUUGGGAUCGGUUGAUAAUGCAUUGAUAACAGGCUACUGUCCUGCUCCAUGACAUACCUUAUAUAACCUGUAUGUAUAAAUGUAUAAAGAUGCAUCAAACAUGUAUGUACUAGGAUGUCUGCAGAGCAGAUUUCAAAAGUAAAGUCACUUUGACAAAACUAAUUUAUCAUUUAACAGUGUUGUAGCUUGGCCCAUUAGAUGGACUUGCAUUAGUGUAUUAUUCACUACUAUUGAGAAUUAGAAGUACUUACUUAUAAACCUUGAAUAGGUAAACCUCUGUGGCCUGUGAAACUGAUGUACAAGCUUUUAAAUAAGACUUAAAAGUCAAAGGGCUGCAACAUCGAAUCAAGUUCAUGAUGAAUCAUGUUGUAGUAACACUCUUUCAGGUACCUGUGACCAUGGUCAUACAGCACAAAGGCUUUUUACAGAAUUGUAUUAUAUGUCAGAAAACAAAACUCUAGAGAGGAAUGCUGACCUUAAGCAGCCGGCCAAGGCUUCUACUUUGUUAGAUCAUUGUGACAGCAGCAUGUCUAACAGACUACAGAGAGCCCACCUACCUCUGAACCAUAACCAUACUUUUUAACCUUAAUAAUUAAAAUGAAACCAUGGUGAUAUAACUCAGUCUUUAGUGGGUCUGAGGCUUGCAAAGUAAAUUGUUGUACAGCUUUUUACACUACUUAUAUAACUAUACUUUGUAUUUACUAGCGCUGUCAAAGUUAAUGCGUUAAUGAAGCGUUAUCACAAAUUCGUUUUAACGGCACUCAUUUCUUUGACGCUCCUUUGUUGGGAAGGAGCAUAAAUAACACUCCAAACUUGCGCUAAAUUUUGUCCAUAAAAACUAUCAUAGCAAUUUUCA